ACACACACACGCACACAGACACACCUACACACAGGAAGUUAGUUGCGGCAACACGACAUCACCGUUUACUCGAUUGACAGCUGCCAAACAGACUAAGCGGGACAAGAUAAAGUCUCCUGGGAAGCUUUGGGAAUUUGUUGGUGGAGGGGGAGGGGUCAUGUCCUGCAGACGCCAAAGGGUCAGCUGGUGCGUGGACUUGCCACUUCCUGCCACACCGGGGGCGGGUCCAAAGAAAGAGGUUCUGCCCCAGGCCCACAUGUCUCCACCGCAACCCUGUGGAGAAGCAGCCGAUGAGGAGGAUUCCGAAGGGCAGUCCGCGGACCAAAGCGGUCUCCGACGCAGCAGCCCAGUCAUCUCUGGAUGCCGCAGACGCAGACGCGCCUCGUCUGAGGACACACACCUCCCCAUCGCAGGCAUCCCCUCUUGUCUCAUCAGUGGAACACUCCAAUUGGCUGAGAAGAAGCACAGGGGGCGGGGCAUGGGCCACUGCAGUGCCCCAUGGCAGCUAGAAAAGGAAAAUGCUCACCUGCUGAUGGUGGACUUGGUGCUGGAGAUGCUGGAAGUCCUCAAGUGGACUCUGAGCCAAACGGGCGGUCAACAAGAACGGUGCCACCGCAACGGCCAUGACGGCGAGCACGCAUGCGCUCAGCCCUACUCCGGCGUCACGCAGCUGCAAGGCAUUGGCGGUGAGGUCGGCUCCUCGUGGUUCUCCCCUCUCUGGAAGUAAGACGAGCGCAACCAAAGAUAUGAGCCGAGCGCCUGGGCCGACAGCUGCUACUGGACUUCGAGAGGAGCUGCUUCCCCUCCUGAUCGCCUUCUCUGUCGAGCCACAGGGGGUUGAGGUCAGGGCCUUGAACUAGUGUGUUCCCAAGCGGCAAGCGUUGCGCUGACCAAGAAUAAGUGGUCCAGGUCAUCGGGGGAAUUUGUCACCAGUUGCACCUUGAGGGCUUUGUCGAUUUGCAAGACAGUCAACCUCUCUCCAUCGCAGGGGUUACGUUCCACAACCGUGUCCGAAAGUGUCUCUGUUAUAUGAUUAAAUAUGUCGGUCAACUCGA